AUGGUUUCCUUGAAGUCAUUGCUUGUUGCUGCUCUGGUGGGUUUAGUUGUCGGGAAGCCUUUGUAUCCACGAGAUCUUGCCUUCGACUACACCUCCGACAAGGUUCGCGGAGUCAACCUGGGUGGUUGGUUUGUUCUGGAGCCAUGGAUCACUCCUUCAAUCUUCCAACCCUGGGCAAACGGAGGCGGAGUAGUCGACGAGUACACUCUCUCAGCAGCUUUGGGAAAGGAUGCAGCAACCCAACAGCUUACGCAACAUUGGGCUUCUUGGAUUACAGAUGAUGAUUUCAAGCAGAUUGCUCAAGUCGGCCUCAAUCAUGUCCGAAUCCCAAUUGGCUACUGGGCUCUGAACCCUCUCGAUGGAGACCCAUACGUGCAAGGACAGCUGCCAUACCUCGAUAGUGCCAUCGUUUCCGCUCGCAACUACGGCCUGAAGGUGAUGCUUGAUUUACACGGAGUCUCAGCACCCGGUUCCCAGAAUGGCUUCGACAACAGUGGAAAGAACGGCAACAUAGACUGGCAAUCAGGCGACAACGUCAAAAAUACCCUCAUAGCCAUCUCAAACCUUGCCGACCGCUACAAAAACGACCUCGACGUCGUAACGGCCAUUGAGCUAAUCAACGAACCUGGAAACUGGGGCCUCGACAUGAGCCAACUCAAAGAGUACUACUACAACGGUUGGGGAAACGUACGCAACUCCGCCGGCAACACAGCCGUUGUCAUUCACGACGCAUUCCUCGACAUCGACUCGUACUGGAACGGCUUCAUGGAUCAGGCUGCAGGCACCAACAACGUGAUUCUAGACACGCACAUUUACCAAGUAUUUUCCCAAGAAGAAGUCGCGCGCAAACCCUGCGAGCACAUCCAGAACGCCUGUUUCAAUGGCCCGAAAGUCUCAGGCACGGAUAAAUGGCUCAUUGUCGGCGAGUGGUCUGCCGCGCAAACGGAUUGUGCAAAGUGGUUGAAUGGUCUAGGAAAAGGAGCUCGCUACGAUGGCACACUGCCCGGAAAAAGCCAAGGCUACUAUGGCUCCUGUGAUGGCAAAUACGAGGGAACUGUGAAUGGAAUGUCAGACGUUGACAAGACGAAUCUGGCCUACUUUGUUGAAGCACAACUCGAUGCGUUUGAACAACACACGGGCUGGAUUUUCUGGUCCUGGAAGACGGAAUCUGCACCGGAGUGGAAUUUUAAGGAUUUGGUGGCAGAAGGUCUCGUCCCGCAACCGCUGACUUCGAGGAAAUUCGCAAGCCAAUGUGGAACUUCCGAAUGCCUUGUACCAGGAAACUAG